GAUGGCUCGAAUUCAUUGUGUGAGGAUUCACGGCAUUUUACGAGCAUCGACGUCUCAGCCACAUGCGCAUUCAUAAAGAUGACCGCAGGUCUCUUUGAACCACAACCUCAUCCCCAGGUUUCAUGGACCUAGGUUAGACAACGAACUUCUUACGGGACAGUGUUUCAAGUGAUGUUAACUAUUCGCAUAACGUACCGAUUUCUCCUCAACUCUACCUCGCACCGAUAAUGGAUAGUCAGUCCAGGUCAGCGUCCUUCACCAAAUAUACCCCAGUCGCAGUGUCCACCUUCGACCAUUCGGUCAAACGAGAGAAACACCCAGUGCUACGAUGGGGAUGGAUCUGGGAAGCCUUGUCGGUGACUGCUAGUUUCGGCUGCAUGGUGGCUGUGAUGGUUAUCCUCAUUAAAAUGCAGGAGCAGCCGCUGUCGGAUUGGGCAUUUUUUAUCAGUCUUAACGCCACCAUCGCCAUCUUCAUCACUGCGGCCAAGUCAAUGCUCCUGCUGUCCGUAGCCGCCUGUAUCAGCCAGUGCAAGUGGACUCACUUCAAGGCCUCCGCCAGGAAGCUUCACGAGCUGGACUUGUUUGAAGAAGCCAGUCGCGGGCCUCUAGGAUCGCUGGUGCUUCUAUUCCGAGUUCGAUGGAGGCUCGGGGUGGCCACCCUGGGUGGCCUGGCUACCAUCCUGGCGCUUGGCAUUGAUGCCUUUGCACAGCAAGUCGUCACGCUUUAUUCGCGCGAUGUCCCGUCUGAUGAUGGCAAUGCUACGUUCGGCCUGAGCCAUUUCUACGAUAGUGGUGCAACAAUGCAAGAACAGUCUGGAAACGCCUUUACGCCCUCGGCCCCAACGGUUGACACCAUCAUGCAAGGGGCUGCGUUCCGGGGUAUAUACAGUCAAGACUCAACCAUUGCCUUCAACUGCAGCUCGACCUGUCAGUGGAACGAAACUUAUGUCUCGCUUGGGUUUGCUAGCCAAUGCGCCGACGUCUCCGAAGUAACCCUCGCUGCGGCCAAAGCCAACGCCACCUCGUUGGAAGGCCAGCAUCCAUUCCUUGCCAACGUGACAACCCCAGGAGGGAUACGGAUGUCUCCCGCCUAUGUCCCGACAAGCUGGCAAACCAUGGUCAUUGUCAACGCCACUGGCAUCAUCAAGCACAGUUCCAAAUGGGACUAUACCCCCGAGUUUGUCCGUAUUGCCGUUCUGAGGUCUCCGCUCGCAUACGGCGCUAUAAGCGACACACCGGAAUACAUCAACACCCUGCAAAUCUUCGAGUGCGAUAUCGGCCUCACUGCAUACCGUUACUCGCAUGUCUCGGCCAACGGAUCGCAGUUCAACCAAACGGUGGACCCCAUCGCCCUCAACGCCGGCUACGUCGCCGUCCCGGACAACACCGCGGGAACCCUCGUCUUCAACGCGACGGCCGAGCGCCCCGAGCUCAAGGCCAAAGCCGUGGAUAUUGGCGCUCUGGCCCAAUUCUUCACGUCCAGCCAAUUCAUAGGCACCAUCUACGACGGCGAGUCGCCGCCGGACCCGCCGUCGGGCAUCGGGGGUGCGCUCAGGAGUGUGGGGAUUGCGGAGAGGUUCACAAGUAUGGCGCAUAGCAUGACGAACCAGCUAAGGGCGGGUUAUAAUGUCACGGCGCAUGGGCAGACGGUUUCGUCAGUCGUGUUUGUGCGCGUCGAUUGGGUGUGGCUCAGUCUGCCGCUGCUGGUGCAGGUGGCGGCGGUGUUGCUCCUCGUCCUGACGAUGAUUGAGGUAAAUACAAGGCGGGCGCAGCUUUGGAAAUCAUCUACGGUUGCGGUGCUGUAUCAUGACGUCGCCAUUUGGCAGGAUGGCGAGAGAGUCCUGCGCACGGAUGUAAGGAGCUUGAAGGAAUUGAAAGCAUUGGCUAAGGGGACGAAGGCGAAGAUCAAUUGAGCUCACUGAAGCGAAUUGGACCUUUCGCUCGGGGAUGUGAGCAGCGGGUGGUCUCAUCGCCCGUUAGGAUGUCCUGCCACUUGGGCGCGGCUGUCCCGCGAACAACGCCAUUAGCGGAUUUUGACGACAAGCUAUAGACGAUUAACGAUGCUCUGGGAAACUUUAGAACGCGAUAUUUUACUCUCUAACAUGCCGUGUCUUAAUACAAAGGGCUUCAGGACUUAUUCUAAGAGGGUUACACUAUCAUGUCGAGACCAAAUAGAAUGCUACAUCGAAGACUACAAGUACUUCGCACUUUGUCCAGUC